UUCGUUUAGUACAGUUGCUAGUCGAGCUCUCCGAGAAAUUGCCGCGCGGAUUCACACACUACGUUUGUGAUGAUUUAAUACUAGUAAAGUUUUUUUUUGUUUCGGACAGUUCAGUAUUAGUGAAACCAUGUUUUGGCUAGUAAUAAGUUCGGUUUUUGCAAUUGUGAGUUCCAGGAGUUUAACAAGUUUCGAAUCUGCUCCCAAAGGAUGUGAGUGGCAGAUGCAGCCGGUGGAUUUCAGCGAAGGCGGUGAAGAACCGACUUUGUAUUGCCAGAUUCGCACGAUUAACAACGCUGAGGCUCUAAUUAGAAAUAUGUCCCACACUGAAGCUGACAGUAUUACAGUGCUGACCUUAGAAUGUAGCGACGUAUUAUUUUUUGAAAGUUCUCUCGAGACCAUGAAACACGGAAACUUUCUGUCACACCUUAGACACCUCAAGGAUUUCCGCAUCGAAAACUGUAAGAUACGCAACAUUCCUGCCGCAGCUUUAUCACAAGUUCGACAUCUUCGACACCUCUCGCUACGGUCACGCAACUCCGAAUGGUCCGCGAUGACUUUGGAACUUCACGCUGAAAGUUUUCGGGGACUGGGCGAACUUCGAAGUCUCGAUCUCGCCGACAACAACAUUUGGAAAGCGCCCGAAGAGUUGUUCUGUCCCUUGAACAGUUUGACGCAUUUGAAUCUAACGCGUAAUAAACUUCAGAAUGUUUCGGCUCUCGGGUUCUCCGACUGGGGUAAUGGACCCCUGGCCCCGGGCCACGCUUGUGUGAACGGGUUAGAAGUGCUCGAUUUAUCGAACAAUGACAUUAUUUCGCUCUCUGAUAACGGUUUCUCCGCGUUGAGGUCUCUGGAAAAGCUAUUUUUGCAAGAAAAUUUCAUUUCCACACUGGGUGACCGAGCUUUCGUGGGACUAACAACUCUCAACACUCUGAAUUUAUCUAGUAACUACUUGAUCGCCCUACCUCCGGAUUUGUUCCAAUCUUCCAGGGAACUACGCCAUCUGUAUCUGAACAACAACUCCUUGAGUGUUCUGGCUCCAGGCAUACUGGAAGGCUUGGACCAACUACAAGUUCUGGAUCUGUCUCACAACGAGCUCACAAUAAACUGGAUCAACAGAAAUACGUUUUCUGGACUCGUCAGACUCGUAAUCCUGAACUUAGCCAACAACCAGCUCAGCAAAAUUGACUCUAAUGUAUUCCACGACCUGUACACCCUGCAAAUUCUCAACCUGGAGCACAAUCACAUCAGUACCAUUUCAGAAGGUGCCUUCGUCGAAUUGAAAAAUCUCCAUGCUCUGACUCUUUCGUACAACAAAAUCACCCGAAUAGAAUCUCAUCACUUUUCGGGUAUGUACGCUCUGAAUCAGCUUUUGUUAGACUCUAACGAGAUAGAAUAUAUAAGUCCGAAGGCAUUCGAAAACGUGACGAAUUUGCAAGACAUUGGCCUGAACGGAAAUAUGCUGGGUAUUGUCCCGCCCGGUAUCGGACAAUUGAGGUUCCUGAAAACCCUCGAUUUAGGCAAGAACCACAUCGAAUCCGUUACUAAUUCGUCCUUCGAAGGGCUCGAUUUACUGUACGGCCUGCGAUUAGUAGACAACCACAUCGUAAAUAUUUCAAGAGACGCUUUUUCGACACUUCCGUCUUUACAAGUCUUGAACUUGGCCUCAAAUCGAAUAAAAUAUGUGGAACAGAGUGCUUUUUCGAGUAAUCCCACUCUCAAAGCAAUUCGCUUAGAUGCCAAUGAGCUAACUGACAUAAGCGGCGUAUUUACAAACUUGAAAUCGCUGGUGUGGCUGAACGUUUCUUCGAAUAAAUUACUAUGGUUCGAUUUCAGUCACUUGCCCGUGAGUUUGGAAUGGCUCGACAUGCACGAUAACCAAGUUCCCGAACUGGCUAAUUUCUACGAAGUGAGAAAUACGCUGAAAAUUAAAAUGCUUGACGUGAGUUUCAAUCUCAUCACGGAAAUUAAGCAGAAUUCCGUUCCUGAUAGCGUAGAAACUUUAUUCUUGAACAAUAAUCAAAUCACGACAGUGCAACCCAACACAUUUCACAACAAACCGAAUUUGGAGAAAGUCGUCUUGUAUGGAAACGAUAUAAAUUAUUUGGAUUUGAGCGCUCUGAGCUUGAGCCGCGUGAGUGACGACAAAGACUUGCCGCAAUUUUAUAUUGGUGACAACCCCUUCUUUUGUGACUGCAAGAUGGAGUGGCUUCUCAGAAUCAAUCACCUGAGUAAUUUGAGACAGUAUCCGCAAGUACUGGACCUGGACGCCGUUACCUGCGAGCUGGCGCACUCCAGGGGCGCGCCGCCGCAACCUCUUCUCAAAUUAAAAUCAUCGAAUUUUUUGUGUCCAUACCAGACACAUUGCUUUGCCCUUUGCCACUGCUGCGAUUUUGACGCCUGCGACUGCGAAAUGACUUGCCCCGACCGAUGCACGUGUUAUCACGAUCACACGUGGUCAUCCAACGUGGUGGACUGCAGUAAUUCGGGGUACACGACCGUGCCGGAGAAAAUUCCGAUGGAUGCCACUGAAAUCUACCUGGACGGUAAUGACUUGGGCGAUCUCGGCAGUCACGUUUUCAUCGGCAAGAAAAAACUCGAAAUUCUGUUCUUAAACAACAGCAACGUUAGGGCGCUGCACAAUAGGACAUUCAAUGGCGUCAAGUCCCUGAAAGUGUUGCACAUGGAGAAUAAUAAGUUGGGUGAACUGCGGGGCUUCGAGUUCGAUCAACUUGAGAACAUAAACGAGCUCUACUUGGACCACAAUGAAAUCGAACACGUGAGCAACAAUACGUUCCAGAACAUGCACAAGUUGGAAGUGCUGAAACUUGACGCCAAUAAAAUCGUCGACUUCACCCCUUGGCAGCUGGGGAGCGCCGACACAGACUCCCACUUGCGCGUAACUCUAGAUGGCAACAAGUGGUCAUGCGAUUGCAGCUCGAUAGCGCGUCUCGUUGUCUGGAUUCGGGAGACGGGGGGCGAUCCCUCGCGGAUGUUUUGUGCCGAAACCCCCGAAAGCGUGGCGGACGUGAUACACCGGUGCGACGAUAUGAACAAUGUGAUCGCCACGUCGGUAGUUCAGCGCGAUGUGAUGAAACACAGUCAACUCUUCGGCGGUAACUACGUGCCUCUCCUUGCGGCCACUCUCGUGGCAGUCAUCGUGGUGUGUUUGCUGGUCGCAGUCAUGUUCAUUUUCCGCCAAGAAGUCCGUCUGUGGGCCCAUUCCAAGUACGGCAUCCGCAUCUUCCAAGACACCAUGGUAUCCCACGGCAUGGACGACGAUCGAGACAAGCUCUAUGACUGUUACAUGGUCUACAGCCACAAAGAUGAUGACCUUGCCGCCAGGGUGAUAGCUCCGGAGUUAGAACAUUUCGGACACACCCUGUGUCUCCACUACCGAGACCUCCACCUCAUGGGUGGCGCUUCAUACCUUGCCGACGCCAUGGUAGGUGCUGCUGACGCUUCCAAGAGAAUCAUCUUCGUCGUUUCGCCCUUGCUGAUCUGCAACGAAUGGUCAAGGCCAGAGUUUCGAGCUGCACUCCAAACCGCUCUGCGGACGGCAUACCGCCACAAACUGGUAUGUGUGCUGAGUGGUGACCCUCUGGAGCCCAUGGAUCCGGAACUGAGGGCAUUGCUACGUGCCUGCUCCGUGACGAGAUGGGGAGAGAGGCGGUUCUGGGACAAGCUGCGCUUUGCCAUGCCUGACGUCAUAAAUAAUUCUGCUACCAGGCGGGGAAAGAAGCCAGCGGAGAUCCGGUGCAAGCCCAACCCCAGAUAUACGGCCCCGCCAUCUUCGCAGGACACAUGGUACAAGUAUCAGCCGAUGCCGGGAGUUCACGCUGCGACGAUGACGCCCACGCCGACUCAGAGUACUUACGUUUCUGGGGAAUCGGCCAGAAGUACGGAGGAUGAAGCUGGAUCGAGUUCCAGUAGCCAGCACUAUGGUUCGGAGCAGCUGAAUCACAGUUAUGUGUCCAUCGACGGGAGGCCGCCUCCCCAGUACUCCCAGUUUCCCCCCUGUAGGAGUGAGAUCCCGCAUCACGUAUACUCGACUAUUCCAGAUGCUUCGCCGCAAACUAGGACUUAUUUCGUUUAGUUCGAUGGUGAGGUAUUCAAUGAAUUUUCAAAGGCUGUUUUACUUAAGUAAUAAUCUCAUGAAUUUCCAUAUAGUCUCGAAUGUCACUAAAUGUUAAUUCUGUUAUUUGUAUAGUGAAUUUUGUAAAUGUUGUAAAUAUUUUAACGAAAGAUUAUUUAUUUGUAUUGUUCUAUUACUAUAUGAUAUAACGCUUAUUAGUCAUUAAUUUUAGGUCUCUUGUACAUACUUUUUUUCAUUUUGAUUAAGUGAAGA